AUGCAGCUGCUGGGCGCGCUGCCGCCGGCGCGGCUGCUGCUCGCGCUUUGCGUCUGGAGGCUGGUGCCGCGCCGGGAGGCCGCAGGAACAGAUGAAGUGGUCUUUGGGCAGGUGGGAGGAAACGUCCUCCUUUUAUGCCGCAACGUGUCCAAGGAAGCCACCGAGGUGGUCUGGUUCCAAGGGGACCCGCACGCCUUCCCGCCUCUCUUCUCCUCGAGGGUCUCCUUCCCCCCGGACAUUCGCUUUUCCCUGGUGGACAACAGCUCCCUGAGCAUCACCCAGCUGCGUGUGCAGGACGAGGGCAACUACACCUGCAGGGAAGUGCUGAACAAGACGGACCAUGAGCACAGGGUGCAGCUCCUGGUGGCCCAUCCACCACAGGCAACCCCAAAGUGCUGGGCUGAGACCUCGUCGGGGCAGAUGCUGCAGCUGUUCUGCAGCUGGCCCGGGGGGUACCCCCACCCCACCCUGCACUGGAGAGAGGAGGGGCAGGAUUUGGAGAACUCCAGCUGGGUCAUCAGCUCCACCAGCUCCUCAGACACCCACGUGGAGACACUGAACAGCUCCCACCUCUCCCACAGAAAAGUCUUCAAGUGUGUGGGCAGCCACGUGGUGAAGCAGGAGCAGCCUGCCUGCACUGUGGAGAUCAAGCUCCCCUCCCUGGAAUCUGAUCCCCCGCAGACCUGCUUUGUGGGUGACAACGUGACCCUGACCUGCCGGGUGACCGAGAGCACGCCGGCGGCUCGGCUCAGCUGGCUCAGGGACAUCACCCAGCCCGAGGUGGAGAUCCAGCCCGGGGGGAGAUUCCUCAUCUCCCAGGAGGGGAACGUGUCCCGGCUCACCAUCCAGAACUGCUCCCAGGGCACUGACGGCGGCUGCUACGUCUGCAAGGCCCAGAACCCCGUGGGGCUCAGGGAGCUCUUUGUGUGCCUCACGGUGAAAGAGCCAGUGAACAUCGUUGGGGUCGUGGGGGCUGUGGUGGCCCUGUCCCUCCUGACUGUCCUCACUGUCACUGGGGUUGUGUUGUACUACAAUCCCCUCCUGUGCCUCAGAGGUGCUGCAUUCAGGAAUGCAGACUCAGGGGAUGUCUUGGUGCUGGUGGACUCUGAGGAUGACGAGGAGGGGAAGGGGUCUGAGGAGGCCCUGAGCAGCUGCACUGAGCACGAGGCCGUGGCGCUGGUCGGUGGGAGCAGGGCCCAGGCUGCUCACCUGAACCACCUCACAGAAGGUGAUGAGGAUGAGCUCCAUGGCAGGGUGUCUCCAGAGGAAGUGAGAAGAGACACAAGGCUCAUAGCUUCUGUCCCUCCUUGAGGAGGCAUACAGACCUCCAGCUGGAAUCCAGCAUCAAGCAGGCCCUCAUUGUGUGUAGCUGAGCACAGGCUGUCAGUGUCCUGUCCCAGGAUGCUUCAGGCAGAGCCUUCCCACUUCUCUCUCCACCUGCCCCUGCCACAGUUUCACUCCGUCUUUGCCCAGCUGUGUUUCUCCAUUUCUUCUCUCUUCC